AUGGACAUCAUCAAUGGAGUUCAUGCUUUGCGUCGUGCUGCUGCAGAGGAUGAGGUUCGUCAUCUCAAAAGGGAAAGCCGUUACAUGCAUCAUGCUACCACCGUGAAUAAUAUCCAACAAGUAACUGAAGGAAACAGUGCCAAGAGUGAUGUUAAAGAUAAUUACCUUUACCAAACCUUACUUCUUAGAAAAGAAAUUGGAGAAAGGAAAAAUAGUAGCUCAAAGGAUGCUCAAACUAUUGAGGAAACUAUCAGACAUUGUGAAGAGCCAUCGAUGAAUGGAGAGAAGAAAAUGUGUACUUCUUCUUUGGAGUCUAUGGUGGAUAUCAGCUUAAACAUGCUAGGAACAAAUAAUGUUCAUGCAGUUACAACAGAAGUUGAAGGGGAAACUCAAAUGUUGCAAAAGUACACCAUUGAAGAAGUUCAAGAGAUAACUGAUGGAGAUAACUUGGUAUGCCACAAACUUAGUUAUGCAUUUGCAGUUUAUAAUUGCCAUGUUGGAGGACGUACCAAGAUAUUUAUGGUAUCCAUGGUUGUGCUGAUGGAACAAAAGUUAAAGCAGUAUUAG